AUGAUAUUCACUUCCUUACUUUUGCUGCUUGCAACGUCUGCGCAUGGCCAGACCGUUUACGACGCAGCUCAUAAUGUCACCGCCAUCACUGGCACCUGGAGCUCUGGCAGCCAGAAUGUCAUCACUGGACCUGGCUUUGCUACCCCAUCUCAAGAGGCGUUUACAUACCCAAAGACAACAGGAAUGUCAUUUUCUUUCACGGACGAUGGGUACUACGAGAUCGCGCGGUACCGUAUGACUAGCAAUGGUUUGCUUUCCGUGCUAUAUUUCCUGUUUCAUGCCGCUAAAGCAGUCCUAACAGGUACCGUACCAACCUGCAUCACAGGCGUCAUGAACUGGGCCCACGGCACAUAUGUUCUCGCCUCCAACGGCUCCAUCGUCAUGACGCCAUUCGGUGACGGCUACCAACAAAUACAGGAUCCCUGCGCCGCUAUCUCCAACUUCAUAGAAAACUACAACGAUACUGAGCUUUACAUUCUCUGGAACAUAUACCAAGACCCUGUUAUGGGGUACACCCUUCAGCUGUACCAGUUCGAUGGCACACCGUUACCACCUCAAUACCUCGUCUCCACUUCACCCAACAUGCUCCCAACUCAGGCUCUGCGUAACGUCAGCACAUCCGCCACUACCGCCGCCACCGUCCAAAAUGCAGCGGUCGUCAACGCCAAUGCUGGGGGGCGCAGAUGGGAGGUGGCAAGCGUGACAGGCCUGCUUACGGUGAUUUCAGGUCUUGGACUAGCGUCUCUGCUAUUGUAG